UUGGCCAAUAUCGAAAUGUGGGCUGAGCCUGGAAACACUUAUCUGCUGUUUAGUAAGAGCGUCUGUCAGGUCAGAUAUAAAGAGUCUUUAUUGGGCGCUGUUAUUACCAAUAUCAAGUUAAUUAACCGGACCACUGAAAAACAGGAAUACAACGUGAGACAAUGCUGUAGGAAAAUCUUAAAAGGCAUCAACAAUCUGGGGGUAGGUAGGUCCAGGCUACAGGCCCCUCUCUCCCCCCUCACUCUCUCCCCUCACUCUCUCCAAGCCUUUCUCCCGCCCUCUGUGGUGCCUCCCCGGCCCGGCUCAUGGACGGCCAGACAUCCUCCCCCCCCCCCCGCCCCCCCCUCCUCCUCGGCGGGGCCCCUGUGGCGGCUGAGCGAGCGCCGCAGCAGGAAGGCGGGGGCGGGAAACAUCUUCACGGGGGUAAACCUGCGCCAGCUGCAGAGGCUGUUCCGGGCGGCUGGGGACCAGGAUGCCGAGCGGCGGGCCCAGCUGGUGUGGGGCGGCGGGGACGAGGCAGAGCUGGCCCACGCCCUGGUGGAGCUCCGGACCCGGGGCCGACGCAGGGGCAUCCGGGGGGAGGGCCGCAACGUGCUGGGCUCCCAUUGGCUGCAAGCCUUCAACCACCUCAGGAUCAGGGAGAGCUCCACCUCAAGGCAGAGCAGGAACCAGGAUCCCCUGGAGGAGGCUGGGGUCAGGCCAGAGAGCCCCUCCAGGGCUCCGGGGCCCCUACCAGGGCCCUCCAGUGAGGCCCAGGGCCUACCAGGGCCCUCCAGUGAGGCCCAGGGCCUAGCAGGGGCCACAGAGGCACCGGCCCCAGCCAGGGGGGGCCCCGGGCUGAAGAAAGCAACGGAGUGUGACACUGAGCGAUACCUUCACCGCAUCAUCCACUAAGCUGCCCGUGCGGUAUCGUCUCAUGCCUUCUGGGACAGAUUAAGUUGAAGAUGUCACAAACAAACACUGUGUUUCCUUAGAUACUGGGGGCUUGGAAGCCUGAUAAGACAAGGAAUCUCAUGAGCACCAAAACACCUAACUGUUUUAAUACCUCAGAACCCCCUCCCUUCUCCCCCCUCCAACCACCAAGAACCCUUCCCCCCCCCGCACCACCACCAGGACCCCAUUCCCUGACUCACCACCACCCCCGGGACAAUGCAAUCCUACUAACCACACCCGCUACCCCCCGUCACGGCCAGAGUGGGUGAAACACGGAGCAAUGCUCAUCAGCCACAUUUACAUAUACAUAUACAUUUAGUCAUUUAGCAGACGCUCUUAUCCAGAGCGACUUACAGUAAGUACAGGGACAUUCCCCCCGAGGCAAGUAGGGUG